UUUCAUACGCAUACAGCAUUAAGCAUUCACAGUCUUUGUGCUCUCCGCCCCUCUCUUCUUGAUCAAUAAACUCUCUCAGAUCUAAACUCCAUCUAUCAAAUGGCUACUUUCACUGCUUCUUCACUUUCAUUCACCUCUCUUUCAAUCUCCCUUGACCAGAACAAGGGACUUGCCCGUGGUUCAGUUUCCCUUCCUGCUAAAGCCAAGUCUUUUGGUGCACUUACGCUACGCAGUGCACCAAUGCGCUUCAGAGUGUCAUGCGCUGCUAAGCCUGAGACAGUGGAGAAGGUCUGUGAGAUUGUGAAGAAACAACUGGCACUCCCCGCUACUACUGAAGUUUCCGGAGACUCCAAAUUUGCAGCACUUGGAGCUGAUUCUCUUGAUACGGUUGAGAUUGUGAUGGGGCUAGAGGAAGAGUUUGGGAUCAGCGUGGAAGAAGAAAGUGCUCAGACCAUUGCCACAGUUCAAGAUGCAGCGGAUCUGAUUGAGAAGCUUUGCGAGAAAAAAGAGUAAAGACAGUGCUUAAAAUAAUCGUUUAAUAGUAGCUGUUAAGAACUGGACCCAAGUCUUUGUGUUGGUUAGGAAAGUUAUCAGAGAAGAGAGGCUUUGUGAUAUCUAUUGCUCUGUUGUGUUUUUAUCUGUCUUUUUUGUUGGAUUUUAUCUAUAUUAAUGGAGUCAGAGUUUAACAAAAAGGGUGCUCUAUGCUCUUGUGAUUAGUCAGUA